AUGUCAGAUCCAAAUCCAAAUCCAACUUCAUCCGAAGCACCUACUUUUGAUGCUAUUUUCUCAAGUCAACAAUUACCUCCAAGACGUUCAUCCACUUCUUCCUCAUUUAACGCUUAUUCAUUUCAAUCUCCUUAUCCACACAUGAUUGCUGAAAGUUCACACUCUCACUCCCACUCGCAAUCACAAUCACAAUCACAUAACCAUGUUCAAGGUCAAGGACAAGGUCAAAAUCAAAAUCAAAAUCAAUUAGGUCAAGGACAAGGACAAGGACAGAAUCAAUAUUACGAAGAACCUCAAUCUAUAAAUCGUAAAUCAAGCAAUUCAUCAUUAAACGGAAAUGGAUUUUCAAAUGGGAAUGGUUUACAAGCGCAUAGUAGAAAUCGACAAUCGUCUUCUUCUUCAUCAUCUACAGGUUCAACAUCAGAUAUGAUGAGUAAAGGAUACAAUAAUUUUGGUUCAUUAAGAAGAAGACAAUCUUCUUUAAGAAAAGAAUCGUUACCUUUCAAUCCAGAAUCAGACAGUACGAUAAUAGCUACCGCACCAAGACAAGGUAAUAGGUUUAGUUCUCCGAGUCAAGGUUAUAGUUCACCUCCUAUUGGUGAUAUCAUGUUUGGAGGUCAAGCUAGAAUACAAGAUAAUAGCCAAAUACAAAUACAACCAAACUCGCAAAACCAAAUUCAGAACCAAAACCAAAACCAGACCUAUCAGUAUCAAGCGAAUGACCAACUACAACAACAAUGGGCAGGAGUUGGAACAAUAGGUAUAUUACAGCAGCAACAGCAACAGCAACAACAACCUAUUACUCAAUACGCUCAAGCACAAAUACCCCGACAACAACAACAACAAGAACAACAAUAUAGUCCUUUCCCUUCUCCUGUGCCAACACCUUCGUCAGCCGGAUUAAACUUCAUGACACCUGGAUCAGCAAAUUCCAUCAACGAUUCGACGAUGUACGAUCAAUUUUCACCAUAUACAAAUCAAGCAAUAACGCCGAAUCAGCAGAACCACGCUGGAUGGGGACAAGAAUUUGUGGGACAAGCAGAACCAUCGCAGGGUUAUUCAUCUGGAUAUAUAGGAGCCGACACUAAUGAUGGUCAAAUGAAUGGCAUUGAUGAUUUAAUGGGAAUAAGUGAACAGGAUGCUCUGAAUAAUGAAUUGCAGAGAAUAAUAUCCAAUACGUCACAUCACAGCUCCGCUCAACAGUCAGGAGACCAAUCACCAUUUCCUCAGCAUGCCCAAACUCCUAAUCCGGAUUACAAUCAGUUAUAUCAGAACCAAGUGCAAGGUCAUUCAAGGCAUGGUUCAUUUUCAGCUUCUAGAUCACCCAGUCCCUUCGCCCCUCCACAACAGCAACAGCAAUACGAUAUGUCAGAUCUCACUUCUCCACCUGUUUCAGGUACAUUCCAGGUUACAGGAGGAUCCGCACCAGGCAGUUCACCUUUCUUCAACAAGCCUCAAUCACCGCCAGCUCUGAUAAUCCCUAACCAACACAGCCCAUCCCCUAAACUCCCUCCGAUCAUCACUACUACAUCAUCGGGACCAAGUGGUAUAGGGCAGAAGGGUAUGAACGCUCCUCGCCAAGGUGAUCUAGGUGGUUCAGUCAGCGGUGGUCUGUUGCCGCCUGUCAACCCUGCUUUGGAACACUUGACCGGUAUGGCAGGAAUCAGUCCCAUCGCCCCUAGCGCGGAUGGCCCCAUGAUCUACAUUCAGCCCAGUACACCUAUAAGUGGCAUGAAAGACGGCCGAGGUCUUUUUGAUGCUGCAUUACGUCGUGCAGGUCAAAUGGCACAACAGGGUGGACAACAGAACCAAGGAGAUUUCAAUCAGCAACAGGGCUUUAAUGUUCCUCCACCACAGUCACAUCCACUAGUGCGACCAGGAUCAUCUGAUCAACUUGCCCAAUCCGGUCAAUCCAAUACGGGGGGUCUAAAUGAUGAUAUGCAAGGAGGAAUGGACUUCGCAACCGCCAUGGCUUUCCAAGCUACUCAAGGAUGGGGCCAAUUAGGAGGUGCAAGCUUAGGUGCUGGGAUCCAGACUCGACCAAGAGCAAAAUCAGAUUCCUUCAUGCCUUCACCAACAGCCGAUUCCUUUGACAGACAAGCUCUGCUAAAUCUCUUAGCAGGCGCAAACCCAAGUAACGGAAUGAACAAUGUUAUUCAAGAUCAGGUGAUAUCAGACGAAUGGAAAAACACAGUCAAUGCAUGGAGGACAGGUAUCAAUGAAAAUGAUCCGUCGAAUGGUCAAAACAACUUCACACUUGAUCCAAGAUUAUUACCAGGUCAAGAAAGUCAAGAUCCUCUACAACAAAUGUUGAAUCAACAGCAACAGCCUAACAAUCAGUUGAACGAAUCAAGUCAACAGCAUCAACUCAAUUUACUUCAAGCACAACGAAAUCGACUACCUCCACUGAACACCAAUACUGCUAUCCAAGGUCAAGGUAAUGACGCUGGUGUUGGUGGCGUUCUCAAAUAUGAACCUGGAGAGUUCUCACCUACGUCAAUGGCAUUCUAUCAAUCCAUCGGAUUAUACCCUCAUUCCGCAUCUGAAUUACCGGGUACCACCUCUGCUCCUUUUUACACUACUACGUUUGGGGAUAUUUCCGGUGUGCCUUCAUCUGCUGGGCCUUCUCAACAGUCAUUCCUGGUACCAAAUCAAGCACAAGGUGGAUUGGGUGCGCGAAGAAGGUCAUUUGGAGGAGAAGGGACAAAUCAUCCGGCAGCAGGAGCUGGUACACCCGGAUACGGUGUUGAAUUCACCCAAAACAAUAAUAACUCGCCAUUCGGACAAUUGAGACCUGGAGUAGUGAGAGGUGUUAGUGGACACGGGCAUAGAAGAGCAGCAAAAUCUGAAGAUUUCGGUAGGGUAGGUACUGGUUGGGGUGUGGGUGCAGGUGGUUCCACAGCCGAUUUCUUACAAAGUAUAACAGCGAAUGAUGGAUCAUUACUCCCACCAACUAAUCGUGGAAGAGCGAUGUCACAUUCCAGAAACUCAUCCGCGUCAUCGAUAAGAUCAGCUUCACCUGCUCUAUCAAUCUCUUCACAAGGUUCAAAUUGGUCAAAUAUGGAAAGAAUGGAACUACCUGAUGGCACUCAAGUACAAGAAUCAUCCCCGGACCCCAAUACUUCAACUGGACAGGUGCCUGCUGCUACUACAUCCGCAAAAGGUAGAAAAAGAGUCGCCAAGUUGAAAGUCACAAGUGUGGCUACUGAAGUCGCAAGUACUUCAAGAAGAACAAACAGUGGUGUGUUCAAAUGUCCAGUUCCGGGUUGCGGAAGCACUUUCACGAGACACUUCAACUUGAAGGGUCACUUGAGAUCGCACAACGAUGAGAGACCUUACAAAUGUCUAUAUGACGGUUGUCCCAAAGCUGUAGUAGGGUUCGCCAGGCAACAUGACUGCAAGAGACAUAUGUUACUGCAUGAAGGUUUGAGACCCUUUGAAUGUGAAGGCUGUGGCAAGAAGUUCGCCAGAUUGGAUGCGUUAACCAGACAUCAUAAAUCCGAACAAGGUCAGGAAUGCGCUCUUACACAUCCUCUACCUGUCAAUCCAGAUGGGACACCAAUGUCUGAAUCACAAUACAAGGCUUAUAGAGGAUUCAAGACGGUCCAACCUAUGGACGCAUCACCGGAUCAAGGUAGAAGAAGGAGCAGUGGAGUUAAAAGUGAAUUCCUGAGUGGUGAUGAUAGAUCAGGAGGUGAAGAUGAAUUAGGUGGUGGAUUAAGUGGAAUGGAAGAAUAUGAUCGUUUCUGA